AUGUUCGACCGAGUUGGGGAUCACAUCUUGACGAAGAGAGAAAAAUCAGUACUGAAUGAUUGUUUUUGGACUGCUGGAAUUAGAGCAUUGAUUGGAGGAGUAUCAGCAGGAGGGUUAUUGGCAUUCAUUGUUAAAAAGUAUCAAAAACCACAAAAACCCUUUGCUAAAAUUGCUGUAGUAUCAUUAUUCUUCAUCGGAGGCGUUUAUUUAGGAUCAGCCUCGGCUGUUCCAUACUGUCUUAGAAAUUUCGCAAAACUUGAAGAUUCAGAACUAGGAGACACGGCACGAAGAUUUAUUAUGGCUGUCACAGAUCAAACUAAACAAGAAGAGCAAGCCAAAAGCAAAAAACAAGAAUAUGACUGGGAGGAGGAAGAAAAAGAAGCCCUUAAAAAAGAGUUGGCUCAGAAAAACAAGUAA